AUGAUGAAUGAAACCAAGGUGGUGGAGUUCAUCUUGACUGGAUUUUCAGAUUUUCCGGAUCUGCAGAUUCCGCUAUUUGUCCUUUUUUUGCUGGCUUACCUGGUCACCCUCACUGGAAAUGUCCUGCUAAUGACAAUUAUCAGCCUCCAUCGUCAUCUUCAUAUCCCCAUGUAUUUCUUCCUUUCCAUCCUCUCUUUUUCAGAAACUUGCUAUACCUUUGCUGUCAUUCCCAAGAUGCUGGUAAAUCUAAUAACAGAAGAAAAGUCCAUUUCUUUCACUGGAUGUGCUGUUCAGAUGUUUUUCUUCCUCGGCUUUGGAGGCACUAAUUGUAUGCUUCUAACGGCAAUGGGGUAUGACCGAUGUGUUGCUAUAUGUAAACCUUUACAUUACAAAGUCCUCAUGAACGACAGAGUCUGUAGUCAGCUAGUGGGCUUUGCAACGGUGACUGGCUUCACCUUGUCCCUGGUAGUUACCUACUUUAUAUUCACAUUGCCUUUCUGUGGAGGGAAGGAAAUUAAUCACUUCUUCUGUGACAUGGCUCCCGUCAUUCAGGCAGCUUGCACAGAAAAUAAUGGAAUUGAGACUGUAAUCUUUAUUUUUUGUAUCGUAGUUGUGUUUGGCUCAUUCUUGUGGAUUCUCCUCUCGUACGUUUUGAUCUUCAACACCAUCCUCAAGAUCCCCUCUACUGAGGGGAAACGUAAAGCCUUUUCCACUUGUGCCUCCCAUCUCACUGUGGUGGUUGUGCACUUUGGGUGCGCCUCCAUCAUUUAUUUGAGGCCCAAAUCCACGUGUUCCCUACAGGAAGACACUCUGAUUUCUGUCACUUACACUGUGGUGACUCCCUUGCUGAACCCUGUGGUUUACAGCCUGAGGAACAAGGAUGUGCACUUGGCCCUCCGGAAAAGCCUGGGAAGAAAAUUGUGCAUGUGGGUGAGGUGA